ACCUCACCUGACCGACUCUCCUUUUCUCUUUUCUCUUUUCCCUUUUCUUUCUUUUUCUUCUUCUUCUUCUUCUUCGCCCGAGAAGUCAACAAUUCACAGCCCUAAGCCUAAAUCCCCUUCAAUUUAUCCCAAUAAACAAUUCAAAAUUCCUUCUCCAAUUCUGUAUCUAUUGUAUGUAUGUAUGUAUGUCUAUGUACAUCUACACACAUCUUAAGAUAUAUAGAGAAAGAGAGACAGAGAGAGACAAAGAGCUCUGCAGCUGCUGCAUCGGGUUUGGAGGUGUCUCUGAGCUUAGCUCGAUCGUUACGGCGUCGCGUGUCACCACCUGGCAAUUCUCCAGAGUCCCAUUUUCCUCCCUUCCAGGUGGUGCUGGCGGCUUCUCUUCUCCUCUCUCUCUCUCCCUUGUUUCAAUUUCCAACAACAGGAUAAUCAUAUAAAAAAUCCACCCUUACAAUUAAAUCGCUCCUCUUAGUAACCAUCUUCUGGCAAUUCAAUAUUCUUUGAUUCUUUCUUUUGAUCUCAUACUUAUCCGGAUUCGAAUUCCUAGUUUUUUCGAGGUUUUAGCGAUUAGAGGUUGAAAUUUGGAAUUUUGAGGGCAAUUGGGAGACAUAACCCUGAUUUUCUGUAUACAUACAGCAAAGUCCAAUAAUCAAUAGAAGCAUUUUAGGGUUUGUGGGUUUUGUUAAUUAUCCAAUUUCGAGUCCCCGAAGAAGUUGUUAUAGAAUAGUGCAAAAAUGGUGAGUGGGAAUUUGUUCCACUGUAGAAAGAACUCAUGGCCUCCGGAAGAGUACAUUCAUCGAUCAACCUUGCAGCUGCUUAAUGAUCAUGACAGUGCUGCCCCACCGGAACAUGCAUGGAGAAGGAAAUUAAAUAGCCAUGCAAGUAUUCUUAAAGAAUUUAGUGUUACGUUUACAGAGGCUAUAAAGAUGGUUACGCUUGGAAUACGUCUAUGGCAUUAUGUGCGGGAAGAGGCAUCUCAUGGAAGAAAAGCACCGAUAGAUCCGUUUACUCGAGAAAGUUGCAAACCUUCUGCCUCGCAAGGAGUUCCUCUGGGUGGGAUGGGGAGUGGGAGUAUAUCCAGAGGUUUCCGAGGGGAGUUCAAGAAUUUCCAAAUACUGCCUGGUAUAUGUGAGACAUCUCCAAUGAUGGCCAAUCAAUUCUCUAUUUUCAUAUCUCGAGAUGGAGGAAACAAAAAGUAUGCUUCGGUUCUAGCUCCAGGCCAGCAUGAAGGUUUAGGGAAAUCUAGCGAUCAUGGUAUUUCAUCGUGGGGGUGGAAUCUAAAUGGUCAGCAUUCGACAUAUCAUGCACUAUUUCCAAGGGCAUGGACUGUUUAUGAUGGUGAACCUGACCCAGAAUUAAAAAUUUCUUGUCGGCAAAUAUCGCCAUUUAUGCCACACAAUUAUCGAGAAAGCAGUCUUCCAACAGCUGUAUUUGUCUAUACUUUGGUGAAUACUGGAAAGGAAAGGGCGAAGGUCAGCCUCCUUUUUACCUGGGCGAAUUCUAUUGGGGGUAGCUCACAUUUAUCAGGAGAACAUGUCAACGAGCCAUUUGUUGCUGAAGAUGGAGUCUCAGGCGUGUUGCUACAUCACAAAACAGCAAAAGAUAACCAUCCUGUUACAUUUGCCAUUGCCGCGUGUGAAACUCAAAAUGUGAGUGUGUCAGUAUUACCCUGCUUUGGUCUUAAUGAAGGAAGCUGUGUUACAGCAAAAGAUAUGUGGGGGAAAAUGGUGCAGGAUGGGCACUUUGAUCGAGACAACUUCACCAAGGGACCAAGCAUGGCUUCAUCACCUGGAGAAACACAUUGUGCUGCAGUUUCUGCUUCUACAUGGGUUGAACCACAUGGAAAGUGCACGGUUGCUUUUUCUGUUGCUUGGUCAGCACCUAAAGUUAAAUUUUGCAAGGGGAAGUCCUACCAUAGGAGGUACACUAAAUUCUAUGGUACUUCUAAAGAUGCAGCUAAGAAUUUGGUGCACGAUUCUCUGACCAAUUAUAUGCUAUGGGAAGAAGAGAUUCAAAAAUGGCAGAAUCCUAUUCUGAAAGACAACCGUUUACCGGAAUGGUAUAAAUUUACCCUCUUCAAUGAGCUUUAUUUUCUUGUUGCUGGUGGAACAGUUUGGAUCGACUCGAACUUACCGGUUGAGGACUCAGGCAGUGUUAUUUCAACCAUCACCAGCAAAAAGAAGUCCAAGAAAUCUAAAAAGGCAAAAGCAGCAAACAAAACAUUGGCUACAGCUGUGAAAGAGUCUGCAGUGAAUGACCGUGACGCGUCUGUAAAUGCUGAUUCAAUCAAUGGAAGACAAAUGGCUUCCACAACAUCAUCAGAUGAAGAAGAGUUGACUAUUCAUGGGGGUAAGCUGAUGAAUCCCAUGAAUGACAACGAUGAUGUAGGGAAGUUUCUCUAUCUCGAAGGCGUUGAAUAUAUUAUGUGGUGCACGUAUGAUGUCCAUUUUUAUGCAUCAUUUGCCCUUCUGGAGCUAUUCCCAAAAAUUGAGCUCAGCAUUCAGCGUGAUUUUGCAAAUGCUGUGUUAUUUGAGGAUCGACAAAAGGUGAAGUUUCUGGCAGAAGGGAACUCGGGGAUUCGCAAGGUGAAAGGAGCUGUUCCUCAUGAUCUCGGAACACAUGAUCCAUGGCAUGAAAUGAAUGCAUAUAACAUACACGACACGAGCCGAUGGAAGGAUCUGAAUCCGAAAUUUGUCCUUCAGGUCUACCGAGACUUUGCAGCCACACAAGAUUUAUCGUUUGGAGCGGAUGUAUGGCCCGCAGUCCGUGCUGCCAUAGAGUAUAUGGAACAAUUUGAUAGGGACAAUGAUGGUCUCAUAGAAAAUGAUGGAUUUCCAGAUCAAACCUACGAUGCCUGGACAGUUCAUGGAAUAAGCGCCUACUGUGGUUCGCUAUGGAUUGCUGCACUCCAAGCAGCCGCGGCGAUGGCCAUCCAGCUCGGUGACCACUCUUUUGCAGAGAAAUGCAAAGAAAAAUUUACAAAAGCAAAAGCCGUUUAUGAAGAGAAACUUUGGAAUGGUUCCUACUUCAACUAUGACAGCGGGUCAAGCAGCAACAGUAAAUCGAUCCAAGCUGAUCAACUUGCGGGGCAGUGGUACACAGCAGCCUCGGGAUUGCCUGACCUGUUCGACGAUUGCAAGAUUCAAAGUGCUCUCCAGAAAAUAUACGACUUCAAUGUGAUGAAAGUUAGAGGAGGAAGGAUGGGCGCAGUAAACGGGAUGCAUCCUAAUGGGAAGGUAGAUGAGACCUGUAUGCAGUCCCGGGAAAUAUGGACAGGAGUAACGUAUGCAGCGGCAGCUACCAUGAUUCAUGCCGGGAUGAUGGACCAGGCAUUUGCUGCAGCGGAGGGGAUAUUCACUGCAGGCUGGUCGGAAGAGGGAUACGGAUACUCCUUCCAGACGCCGGAAGGGUGGACGACGGGUGGGCACUUCCGGUCGUUGAUAUACAUGAGACCGCUGGCAAUAUGGGCGAUGCAGUGGGCACUAUCUACGUCGAAGUCAAUUCUGGAGGCACCCAAGAGCAGUGUAAUGGAGCGUGGCGCGGUGUCCUCCUCCUACGCCCUCUCCCACCCUAAUCCAGCUCAUCCUAAGAAGAAGAGCUUUGGAUGCUUUAACAAUGCUGUAUUCCACUGCUCUUGCUAAUUGCCGAUGCUCCAGGUACGUUUGGUUUGGCUGCCUGCCUAGUCGAGUCUGAGUCCGAGUGUGAGUCGGGAUCGGGAUUAAAACAACAGCUAGCAUAUGCAUAUGCAUAUGCAUAUCCGUCCCUGUCAAAUUGAUAGGGUUUCGUGGUGGUAUCUGAUCAGUGAAUUUGUUCAUUCCUCUUGUAAAAACAACCCUAAUUCUAAACCCUACAGAGCUGUGUUGUGUACAUGUCACAGAUGACUCGCUCACUGACUGAUCUCAUCAGGAGGACAUGUUUGAAUGAAAUUAGUAUAGAUUUCAAGUUA